GCCAGAGUACCAGCACGACAUGGCUGCGGGGCCAACCAGAGGAAAAAAAAGGACAAACAAUAAAAGAGGGGAGAAAUUAAAAGAGCAGCACACUUAGGUGGAGUAGCAGCAAUGAUCUGCAGCAAGAAGAGAAACGCAUCAGGAGAAAGAAAACAAGAAUCAGUUCGUCAGCUAUCAUCUUUCAAUCACAACUUUUGAGAGAAUAGCAGUAUAUCGAUUAGUACGCAAGUACAUUUAUAAAGGGGAGGGAUUUAGGAUAAGAGUUGAAGAUGAUUGUUUGUGUGACCGGAGGUGCUGGUUACCUUGCCUCGUUUCUCAUCAAGACAUUGUUGGAGAGGGGCUAUACAGUCCAUGCAACUCUCAGGAAUCUAGGUGAUCCAACAAAGGUGGGACUUUUGAAGGAACUUCCUCAUGCAGAAACGAAAUUGAAGUUGUUUGAGGCAGAUGUAUACAAACCUUAUGAAUUUGCUCCUGCCAUUAGAGGUUGUCAAGUGGUGGUCCAUAUGGCUACUCCUUUGCAGCACACCCAACAAAGCACUGAGUACAAAAAUAUGUUGGAGGCGGCUGUUGCUGGAGUUAGGAGCAUUGCGGAUUCGUGUAUAAGAUCGGGGACUGUAAAGAAACUUAUUUACACAGCCACUGUGAUGGCUGCAUCUCCAUUGAGGGACAAUGCAACAUGUUUUAAGGACACCAUGGACGAGACUUGUUGGACUCCUUUUGAUUUCCCAACUCCUUACCAUAUUGAUUCAUUUGUGGACUACGCAAGAUCAAAGACAUUAGCGGAGAAAGAAGUGUUGGGCUACAAUGGGAAAGGCGACAUACAAGUUGUUUCUCUUGUUACUGGCGCUGUUGGAGGCCGUGAAACGCUCCAGUCAUGGAUGCCAGAAAGCUUGGGUUUGUUUGUCUCACAAGUUACAAAUGACAAAAAAAGGUAUGAAGGGCUGAGGUUUUUAGAGGAGUUGGUUGGAAAAGUUCCAAUUGUACAUUUGGAAGAUGUAACUGCAGCCCACAUUUUCUGCAUGGAAAACCCAGAAAUUAAUGGCAGGUUUCUUUGUGCAAAUUCCUAUCUAAAGUCCGCCGAGAUUGCGUCUUUCUAUCAGCAUCACUUCCCUGCCAUCACAAUCCCUCAAGAGUUCAUUGAGGAUACAAGGAGGGAUAUAAAGUGGAAUUCAAGAAAGCUGGAAGAUGCAGGUUUUGAGUACAAAUAUGACUAUAAGAUGAUACUUUUGGAUAGUCUGGAAUGUGCCAAAAGAUUCUGCAACCAUUUUAAUGAAGUAUAAGGUGGUCUAUGGUCGCUUUCUGUUGCGUGUCCCGAUGGAUCAAAGUUGUUAGAGGAAUUUGGAGUUCCUAAUAUCCUAAGCAUCUCGUUUGCCUUUUUUGGACGUUCCAGCUAAAUCCUUUUAAUUCUAUUUUAAGAAAUAAUUAGCACUCAUAAAUGACAAAUUAAUCAUCAAAUGGUAAUAUUGGUCCAAAAUAGGAAAUGUACGUACGACACUCAAACAAGAAAUCAAGAAAGCAAUACGAAAAUGGAAAGUUCCAAAGAAGUUAAAUUGC